AUGUCAGAAGAAGGUGUUCUUUCUGCGGCAGAAUCAUUGCGCAGAACUGGCCUUCAAAAGCGUGGCUAUGUGUAUGUGAACUUGGACGAUUGUUGGCAAGAUCCUUUGGGCCGAGAUGCAACUGGUCGUCUACAAGCUGAUCCACAAAGGUUUCCUUCUGGAAUGCACGGCUUGUCAAAGACUUUGCACGAGAGAGGCUUCAAAUUUGGAGUUUAUACCGAUCGGGGGCGCAGAACAUGCGCUGGUCGUGAAGGCAGCCAAGGUUUCGAAACCUUGGACGCACAAACUUUCGCUGAGUGGGGAGUUGACUUUGUGAAGGAGGACAACUGCCGCAGUUUGUCUGGUCCGAAUAACAAGUCGGAGCUGUUCGCGCAGUUUGCUCUAUUUCGAGAUGCUUUAAAUAAGACUGGCACGCCCAUAUUCUUUUCCGUAUGCGGAGGCGGAGAUCAAUUGCCGUUUUCAAAUUUAACGUACUAUGCUAGUGAUGAACGAGGUGGCAAAAAGCUGGCAAAUUCAUGGCGAAUUACCAGCGAUGUCACUGGAUCAUGGACUCUCAGGUUCGCCUAUAAGGUGGAUGCAAGCUUGAGAGAAUAUGCAGGGCCAGGUGGGUUCAAUGACCCGGACAUGUUGCUUGGGUCUUCACCAGGUGCAGCCAGACGGCUUGGACCUCAUCAGAGCCGAACACAGUUCAGUUUGUGGGCCAUACUUAUGGCACCAAUGCUUCUGGGCGCAGAUGUGCGCCAACUCACGCCGUUUGACCUGGAAACCUAUUCUAACGAGGAGGUGCUCAAGGUGAGCCAAGACUCCUUCGCCCAACAGGGCAGUUUGCUCACUGUGAAAGGUUCAACUUCUCUGUGGGGCCGGCCACUGGUGGAUGGUGCGUGGGCAGUCCUUUUUCUAAAUGAAGGAUGGUUCUGGAAGCGCAAGGUCACUUGCUCAAAACGUUGCUGGUCAAAGAUGUCUUUCAAGAGGAACAGCACUGUUCAUCUUCAAGAUCUUUGGUCGCAAUGGCUUCCACAUUCUGACAUUGGCGUUGGACAGGCAAGCAGGGCGGCGCAGGCGUCAGGCGCUGGCCUUGUAGGGCAGGUGGCGCAGACCUUGCAGGGCGCAGACGGCGUAGGCAGGACUUGGUCUUUGAGGUGGAAGCUGGCAGGAGCCGCAUGCUGA